GCAACAUCGGGUCGAUGAUCUCCAACAUGAACGUAGCCAGAGUCGAUUUCCAGAACCGGAUGGACGGAGUCAAGCAGUACAUGGCGUUCCGGAAAGUAGGCAGAGAACUAGAAGCCAGAGUUAUACGCUGGUUUGCGUACACCUGGCAGGAAAGCGGCGCCCUGGAUGAGGAGCGGGUGCUCUCAGCCCUUCCAGACAAACUAAAGGCUGAAAUUGCCAUUAGAGUGCACUUGGAUACUUUGCGCAAAGUCAGGAUCUUCCAAGACUGCGAGCCUGGACUGUUGGAAGCCCUGGUUCUGAAGCUGAGAUUGCAGGUGUUUUCGCCAGGAGAUUACAUAUGCAGAAAAGGAGACGUCGGCAAGGAAAUGUACAUAGUGAAGAGGGGACGGUUGCAGGUGGUAGCCGAUGAUGGAUACACCGUUUUAGCCACCUUAGGCGCCGGCAGCGUCUUUGGAGAAGUCAGUGUCUUGGACAUUGCGGGUAAUCGAACGGGCAAUCGUAGGACGGCAAACGUGAGAUCCCUGGGCUAUUCGGAUUUAUUUUGUUUGGCCAAAGACGAUCUCUUAGUGGCGCUGGCUGACUAUCCGGAGGCAAGAGCCACUUUGAUAGAGCGUGGAUGUCAAUUGCUCCGGAAAGAUGGCUUGCUGGACGAAGAUGUGUUCAAACGAGCGAAAGCCACACAACACUCGAUGGAGGACAGUAUCAAAAAGUUGGAAACUUCAGUCGAUCAUAUUCACAGUCGAUUAGCCAGGCUACUAGCUGAGUUUACCGCCAGUCAAGCGAAGCUGAAGCAAAGAUUAAGUAGAGUGGAAACCAGAACAGAUAGGGAUCGAGAUGGCAACAUAUCUGAAAAUUUAACAGUUCCAACAGUGCGCCGAAGACUGAGAUCGUUCGAGAUGAGGAGAGGCGAUUUUUCAUCUUGCAGCAGGCACAAAACCAUGUAAAUUGUGUGCCCAACUGAGAUAUUUUCAUUAUCAUAGAGCGAGGAAUCAAAGCACUUUAAUACAGGGUGACCCAAACUUAAGUGCCGCCAAUUUCCAGCAUGUGGUGUGUUGAAAAAUUAGUUUAUGACAAGGCCCGUUGAACGCACCCUUAUCCGAUUUUUGUGGAUUUUUUCCCCGUUUUUUGCAUAUAAUUCGGGAACUGUUUUAAAUAGGAAUGUGAAGUUUUGUUCACUUUUUUCCAAUUCCUGUUGCUUGCAACUUAAUGAGCAAUGCAGUGACGUAAAUCUUGAGGUUGAGUGAGAUAAUUUUGCUCCUCAAUUCUGCAACACUGACGAAAAGGGCAAUUUUGACUAAGGCUAACUUCUCUCUGCAGAAAAUUUUAGCUUUUCGAACUGGGCUAUCAAAUAUACUUUUGGGUCACGUUAUUGAUAAAAAUACAAUUUUAUGGGCCAUGGUUUUCUGUCUUAGUUCUGAGCCGUUUAGAAAAAAAAUGUUACUUUAUGAUGGCAAAUUCGAUUCCAUGGUUUGAUACAAAUUUUGUUAAUCGUCGGCUUCUAGAGCUGAUGACGAAGGGCACUUCUUCUGUGUGCAAAAACUGUGCCUUUAAAUUACCCAGUGACCAAACAGUUGAGGCAAAAUAACGCCAUUAUCCGCCACUAACACAUGAGAUAAAUGUGACUUAAUUUUUUCUAUUUCGACUUAAGUUUAGGUCACUCUCUAUUAUUUUUACUUCUUCGGAAAUGCUUUAGAGUGAGGCUCCUGAGAAAAAACUUAAGAGGGAAUGGUGGGCACAACAUAUCUAAGUAUAUUUUAUUAUGUAGGUAAAAAACAAAAAAUAAAAGUAAGCCGGCGAAUAUAAAUAACAAUUUGUAGAUAGGAAUACUUUGAACGUAGUCAGUAAAUGUACUUAAGAAAUUCGUUGAAAUAUUUAUAAUGACUGUAAAUUAUUAAUAUAUCUGCACAAAUGUGCAGAGUGUUUCGCCCGAAAACAUACCAUAAAAAGUGUAGCGUGUUUUAAAAACAGCGAUAUUAUUUGGCUCAGAAAGAAACACAAGUAGAAAAUAGUGUUUUAGAAAUUUUAUCUGGAAGCUGCACUCUUCUUAUUUUUCUUGAUGUUUUAUUUAAAAUUUGAAUUGAAAGGAGCUUUUCGUCCUUGCAGCCAGUUGUUUUUUAGUUUUCUGCCCAAAUAUAAAAAAAUACUCUUUUACUUUGGCCAUCAAAGUGAAAAAUCAAUAAUGAAAGUAAGUACAGAGUGUCUUUUUUUUCAGCCAAAUAAUGUCGUAUUACCUUUUCGAUCGUAAGCUUACUGGACACUCUGCAUAUUAAGCUGGGCACUUUUUUUUGGUUUCUAUGUUUUGCGUAAAAUUUGACUUUAAAAUAUUUAAAAAAUUAAACCAUUGCUGGUAAAGUUGAGAUUUUAGUGGUUUUAUUUUAUUAUAUUAUCAUUAAUUUCGCUUUGAUAUGCAGGAUGCUAUCUAAUCCAUGCCAUAAGCAAAAGAAACGAACAAUUGAAGAUAAAGUUGUGAAUUUAGAUACUCAAGCCUGCAAAAAUGUGGUUAAAGUUAACGUUAACGGUUAAGUGUGGAAAACUUAUUUUAACUUUAAUUGUUUCUCGAUUUUCCAACUAAUCAUUAUGAAAAACUGUAUUUACCAUUGAGCCGUCUGGUCAUGCAAUAUAAUUAAUUUUUCUAAAUGCUUACCUGCUUUAGGUAAGUUCAUUUUUGAGCAACUUUCUAAUAACUAAUAAAGUUUGACACUUUUUUUGC